UCGUUCUCUCCGUUAUUCGUUCAAACAAACAAUAAAAAAAGGAUCAGAUUUACACAAGACGAACGACCCACCAUUUGUAUCUCACACACUGUGCAGCGAGUGCUUGUUUCCCUGAGAUCCAAAUCACUCUUGAAUCCAAAGCUUUCGCAAGUCCGUGGAUCUCCUCCUCCUCUCUCUCUCUCUCUCUGGAUCUCGUACCUUGAGCACCGGAAAAGAUGGACAAAUCUUGUACCUUGCUUGUGCACUAUGACAAAGGGACGCCAGCAGUUGCCAAGGAGAUUAAAGAAGCUCUCGAGGGCAAUGAUGUUGAAGCAAAAGUUGAUGCCAUGAAGAAGGCGGUUAUGCUUCUGCUGAAUGGCGAAACCAUUCCGCAGCUUUUCAUAACUAUUAUAAGAUACGUGCUGCCUUCAGAAGACCACACGAUCCAAAAGCUUCUGCUGCUGUACCUGGAGCUGAUUGAGAAAACGGAUUCUAGGGGGAAGGUGCUGCCUGAAAUGAUUUUGAUUUGCCAGAAUCUUCGGAACAACCUUCAGCAUCCUAAUGAGUACAUUCGUGGAGUGACGCUGAGGUUUCUCUGCCGGUUGAAGGAGACUGAGAUAGUCGAGCCUUUGACUCCGUCAGUGUUGCAAAAUCUGGAGCACCGCCAUCCAUUUGUUCGUAGGAAUGCGAUUCUGGCCGUCAUGUCGAUAUAUAAGCUCCCAAAUGGCGAUCAGCUCUUCGUGGACGCACCUGAAAUGAUCGAGAAAGCUCUGUCAACAGAACAAGAUCCGUCUGCCAAGAGAAAUGCGUUUCUGAUGCUCUUUACCUGUGCUGAAGAACGAGCAGUGAAUUAUCUUCUGAGCAAUGUUGACAAGGUUUCAGACUGGAAUGAAUCGCUUCAGAUGGUGGUGCUGGAGUUGAUUCGAAGUGUGUGCAAGACUAAACCAGCAGAGAAGGGGAAGUAUAUUAAGAUUAUUAUUUCUCUGUUAAGUGCCACUUCCUCCGCAGUUAUCUAUGAAUGUGCUGGGACGCUUGUUUCUCUCUCAUCUGCCCCUACUGCUAUUAGGGCUGCCGCCAACACCUACUGUCAGCUUCUUCUUUCUCAGAGUGACAAUAAUGUGAAGCUUAUUUUGCUCGAUCGGUUGAGUGAGCUUAAGUCAUUGCACAGAGAUAUCAUGGUUGAGUUGAUAAUAGAUGUGCUCAGAGCACUCUCAAGCCCGAACCUUGAUAUUCGCAAGAAGACACUUGACAUUGCCCUUGAUUUGAUUACUCAUCAUAAUAUUAAUGAAGUCGUUCAGAUGUUGAAGAAAGAAGUUGUGAAGACACAGAGUGGAGAGCUUGAGAAGAAUGGAGAGUACAGACAAAUGCUUAUUCAAGCAAUUCAUGCUUGUGCAGUUAAGUUCCCUGAAGUUGCAAGCACAGUGGUCCAUCUUCUUAUGGAUUUCCUGGGAGAUAGCAACGUGGCUUCAGCCCUUGACGUAGUUGCUUUUGUUAGAGAGAUAAUUGAAACAAAUCCCAAGUUAAGAGUUUCAAUCAUAACCAGGUUGUUGGACACAUUCUAUCAGAUCAGAGCUGGAAAGGUCUGCCCUUGUGCACUUUGGAUUAUUGGGGAGUAUUGCCUAUCACUUUCGGAAGUUGAGAGUGGCGUUGCAACCAUUAAACAAUGCCUUGGUGAGUUACCAUUUUAUUCUGUUUCUGAGGAAUCUCAGCCAACUGAGACAUCAAACAAGAUUCAGCCAACCUCCUCUGCCAUGGUGUCCUCUAGAAAACCUGUGAUUCUUGCUGAUGGUACUUAUGCUACCCAAAGCGCGGCCUCUGAGACCACAUUCUCAACACCAACCGUUGUUCAAGGAUCAGUGACUUCGGGAAAUCUGAGAACACUGCUUCUAACUGGUGAUUUUUUCCUAGGAGCAGUGGUUGCUUGCACACUGACUAAACUUGUUCUUAGACUGGAAGAGGUUCAGCCAUCUAAAACUGAAGUGAACAAGACAGUCACACAGGCUUUGCUGAUCAUGGUUUCUAUGCUGCAACUUGGUCAAUCUCCGGCCUCUCCACACCCUAUUGAUAAUGAUUCGUACGAGAGGAUUGUCUUGUGCAUAAAAUUGCUUUGCCAUAGGAAUGCUGAGAUGAAAAAGAUAUGGCUGGAAUCCUGCCGCCAGAGUUUUGUCAAGAUGAUUUCUGAAAAGCAGCUAACAGAGAUGGCGGAGCUUAAGGCAAAGACCCAAACAACUAAUGCUCAACCUGAUGAUCUCAUUGACUUCUUCCAUCUAAAGAGCCGAAAGGGAAUGAGUCAACUUGAGUUAGAAGACCAGGUACAAGAUGACCUAAAGCGUGCAACUGGAGAAUUCACCAAGGACGAGAACGACGGGAACAAACUCAACCGCAUUCUUCAACUCACAGGAUUCAGUGAUCCAGUCUAUGCUGAAGCAUAUGUGACAGUCCAUCACUAUGACAUCGCACUCGAAGUCACCGUUAUCAACCGUACCAAGGAAACCCUUCAGAAUAUGUGCUUAGAGUUGGCAACCAUGGGUGAUCUCAAGCUUGUUGAGCGUCCUCAAAACUAUAGUCUUGCACCAGAAACGAGCAUGCAGAUCAAAGCAAACAUCAAGGUCUCGUCCACAGAAACCGGAGUCAUAUUCGGGAACAUCGUCUAUGAGACAUCAAAUGUAAUGGAGCGAAACGUCGUUGUUCUCAACGACAUACACAUUGACAUCAUGGACUAUAUCUCCCCUGCUGUUUGCUCAGAGGCUGCCUUCAGAACCAUGUGGGCAGAGUUUGAGUGGGAAAACAAGGUUGCUGUGAACACCACGAUUCAGAACGAAAGAGAGUUCCUCGACCACAUUAUCAAAUCCACAAACAUGAAGUGUCUCACUGCUCCAUCUGCAAUAGAAGGGGAAUGCGGUUUCCUUGCAGCAAACUUAUAUGCAAAGAGUGUGUUUGGUGAGGAUGCUCUUGUGAACGUGAGUAUCGAGAAACAAACUGACGGAGCAUUGAGUGGCUACAUAAGGAUAAGGAGCAAGACGCAAGGGAUUGCUCUAAGUCUUGGGGACAAAAUCACCCUCAAACAAAAGGGUAGUAGCUGAGGCUUGGGAUGGUGGCGCAGAAGGUAACGUUCGUUUCUCUUUUAGCAAAUCUUUUUGUUGGUCGAGUCUGUUUACUAUAUUGAGCGAGGGAGGCGUUUUAAGUAUAUGUAAAGACCAAACUGUUAUCAUUCCUUAAACCGGUUUAUAGUUUCCGGUAUGGUACCGAUGGAUUCUUCCUCAUACGGCUGUGUUUUUUUUCCUUUUAAUUAGUACCUCAAGAUUUUGUUUUUAUUUGUAAUACUCUUUUCUUUCUAUAAUGUCGUUUGUUUGGGAGAUUAAAACUAUAAUGAUUUUCAUAAAAUGCUUUAUCGAUUA